GGCACGAGUGGUCACGAAGGGGGUUUAGGGUGUUUAGAUUUACCCUUCUCGAAAUCUAUAGAAUUUUGUGAGAAUGUCGGGCGACAGCAAUGACGAGGGACACGUGAUCCGACUGCGCGGCCUGCCCUGGGCAGCCACUGAGGAGGACAUCAUCCAUUUCUUCGGAGAUGGGGUGAACGUGAAGGGCGGCAAGGCGGGUGUGUUCCUGACGCUGUCACGCGAGGGACGACCCAGCGGCGAGGCCUACGUCGAGCUCUGCUCCGAGGCAGACUUCGAGGCGGCCAAAAAGAAACACAACUGCACCAUGGGACACCGCUACGUGGAGGUGUUCCGCUCCAAACGCUCCGAAAUGGAGUGGGUGAUGAAGCGCUCCGGGGUGGCGGCCGCCGCCGGCUCGCCGCUCGACGAGGGCUGCCUGCGCCUGCGCGGCCUGCCCUACAGCUGCAGCAAGGAGGAGAUCGCCAACUUCUUCUCCGGGCUGGAGGUGGUCCCCAAUGGCAUUACCAUCCCCCUGGACGGUCAGGGACGCUCCUCGGGCGAGGCCUAUGUCCAGUUUGUGAACAGAGAGGUCGCCGAGCGGGCCAUGGCCAAAAAUAAGGAGAAAAUCGGCCACAGGUACAUUGAGAUAUUCCGCAGCAGUCUGAGCGAGGUGCGCUCGGCCCAGGGCUCGGGCAAGGUGCGGCCGCUGAUGCUGGCGCGGCCCACGCCCUACGACCGCGGCGACCGCGGCGGCGGCGGUCCGGGCCCCGCGGGCACCGGCUGGGGCGCCGCCGGGGGCGCCGGACUGGCCGGCGGCCCGGGCGCGCGCUUCGGCGGCCCGCCGGCCGGCCGCGGCGGGCGCAGGGGCUUCCAGUCGGAGUACGACGACUUCUACGACGGAGGCGGCGGCGGCGGCUGGGGCGGCAACGGAAUGGGCGGCGGAAUGAACAGCGGAAUGGGCGGCGGAAUGGGUGGAGGAAUGAAUAGCGGGAUGGGAGGUGGAAUGGGCGGUGGAAUGGGAGGAGGAAUGAACAGCGGAAUGGGUGGCGGAAUGGGCGGCGGAAUGAACAGCGGAAUGGGUGGCGGCGGCGGCGGAAUGAAGGGAAUGGGCGGCGGCGGCGGCGGCGGCGGCGGUGGCUGGAAGUCUCUCUCCGGACACACGGUCCACAUGCGAGGCCUGCCCUACAGAAGCACAGAGUCCGACAUUAUCGAGUUUUUCCGCCCGCUGGUGCCGUUCCACGUCCACAUGUUGUUCGACGACCUGGGCCGUCCGUCGGGACAGGCCAACGUGGACUUCUCCAGCCACGAGGAGGCCGUCAAGGCCAUGGCCAAGGACAAGUCUCACAUGGCGCACCGCUACAUCGAGCUGUUCCUGAACAGCACGCCGGCCGGCAACUACGGCAACAUGGCCGGCUACGGCGGCGGCUUCGGCGGCCCCGGCAUGGGCGGCGGCGGUCCCGGCAUGGGAGGCGGCGGGCCCGGCAUGGGCGGUGGCGGCCCAGGGAUGGGCGGCGGCGGCGGGAAGCUCGGCGAAGAGCCGCUGUGA